GGGUAAAGAUGGUGCGUGGCUGGUUCCGAGAUGAGAUGGGAAUUUUACGUGUGGAGAGAUGAGUCCUCCUCUGCCUCUCCCUCUCCCUCUCCCUCUCCAUCUCCCAAGCCAGUCGACUCUCACUUCCUCUCUCUCACAGGUGCAGGGAGCUCACCUGGCCACACCCACACCUGUCUCGACGCACCUGGGCACACCUGUCUGGCCGCUGGGUAACUGGACGCGCCGCAGGUAGACGAUCGCGCCGCAAGCGGCGUGAGACUGGACCCAUCAUGCAACUCAACAACAACAACAACAACAACAACAACAACAGCCGCAGGUCACCAACAACAACAACAACCACAACCAACAAUAACAACAACAACAACAACAAUAACAACAACAACAACAACAACAACAAGAGUAAGGCACCAACAGCCACCACCACAACCACUACUACCACCACCACCACUGCUUCCGCCGCCACCACCACCACCACUGCCGACACCACCACCACCACUGCCCCCACCACCACCACCACCACUGCUGGCUUGGUCGUGGUGGUGUGCGAGGCUGGGGAGAAGACAGCCAGGGAAGGUGAGACUGACAUGGCCGCAGCAGCGUCCCCGGAGCUUAAGGGUACGCUGACCCCCCCAGGCUCCUCCCCCCUGAGGGCGGAGUGUGACCCCACCCAAGACUCCUCCCACGGCUCCACCCCCCCAUCACCAGAGGCUCCCCCCACCCCAGACUCCGCCCACAUGGCUGCUGAGCCGACCAAUCACAGCUCGGUGCGCCUUCAGUCCACCAAUGACAAGGCAGAGAGGCACCCGUUGACCAAUGAGGAGCCGUUAUCGGGGGCGAAGAAGAGGAAACCGACGAAGGUUCACAAAGUAGAGACGGAGUGCGGGAGCGAGGGCGAGGCCGAGGCGGGGGCGGGCGUCGGCAGCUUCGCGUGUCCAGUGUGCCAGGAGGUGCUGCCCUCGCAGCACGACUUUACGCAGCACAUCCGCAAACACAACCAUGUGGUGGAGGGCGAGAACGGCACCAAGAUGUAUUGCUGCGGCAUCUGCCAGAAGCAGCUGAGCAGCAACAGCUCGCUGGACCGACACAUGCUGGUGCACUCCGGCGAGCGCCCCUUCCGCUGCCACAUCUGCGGCACGCACUUCACCACCAACGGCAACAUGCACCGCCACAUCCGCGGUCACCUCCGCAACGGCGGCGGCGGCAGCGGGGGAGGCGGCGGCGGCGCCAGCUCCGACACGAGCGAGAGUGACCUGUGCUCGGAGGAGGCGCCGGGCUCCCCCUACAAACGACCCCAUGAGGACGACGACAGCGGCGCGGCGCCCCCCAAGCUGGUGCGCCUGGAGGCGGAGGAGGAGCUGGCGUGCCCGGCGUGUGGCGUGGAGCAGCCAAGCCAGCACGCCCUGGAGCAGCACGUGGAGGCUGUGCACCCUGAGUACCAGGUGUCGUGCUCCACGUGCCACGUGGGCUUCAAGAACUACCGCUCCCUGCACCUGCACAACUCCAUGAUGCACCCCGCCGCGGCGCCGCCCCGCCUGCACCUCACUCUGACGGACUUCUCCACCUCCAAGUUCCCGCUGAUUGCCAAGGAGGUGUGCGAGGCGUCCAGCCGCCAGGAGGGCGCUGCGGACGACAGCGUGGGCAGUCACCGGUGCCAGGUGUGCCACAUCACCUUCCCCUGCGCCGACUCGUGGCUCAUGCACAUGCGGGAGCACACGGCGGCGGCGCCUUCGCCCGCGCCCCUUAGGUGCAUGCGCUGCGAUCUCAGCUUCUCCAAUGUGGCUGAGCUGACGCGCCACCACCAGCGCCACCUGUGCGAGGAGGCGCAGCCCGGCAAGGAAAGCUUCCUGGCGGUCCUGGAUCUCCUCAACAAGAAGAGCCGCGAGACUUCCUUCCCUGCCUUCGGGGUUCCCGCCCACGAGGCGCUUCGGCCGCCGCUGCGGCUGCCCCCGCCGGGCCAACACUCCCCGGCACCCGCAGACUCCGCCAAGGCGUCGCCCGAACACCCCACGCCAGGCCGCAUCGCCGCGCCCGUCGCCGCCCCCGGAAGCAGCGGCCAGCAGAUGGUGCCCGGCGGGGCUCUGCUGACCCACAACGAGCAGUUCGCGCGAGACUACCGCGACAUGAAGCUGAACGGCCAGUACCCGUGCCGCCUGUGCAAGGAAGUGUUCGCCAACCUGCGCAAGCUCAAAUCCCACAACCUGGCGCACAUGGUGGCGCCGCCUUACCGCUGUAACCUGUGCUCUUUCUUCAGCAAUGACAAGAACACCCUCAAGGAGCACAUGAAGAGCCACAAGGGCGACACGCCCUACGAGUGCACGCUGUGCAACAUCGCCUUCACUACCAAGGCGAACUGUGAGCGUCACAUCAAGAACAUCCACCGCCGCCAGUCCCGCGACGAGGUGAAGGGCUGCAUGACCUUCCAUCCCUCGGAGGAGGGCGGCGGCGGCGAUCCCUCCCUGGACACCGUGUGCCAGAUCUGCCACAUCGACUGCAAAGCGCGCUCCGUCCUGCGGGACCACAUGCGCUCCUCGCACCCCGAGGGCGUUACCAAGCCCUUCUCGUGCAAGCUGUGCGGCGGCGCCUUCACCUCCGAGAACGACGUGAUGCGCCACGUGAUCCAGCAGCACUCUGAGGCGGCGUCAGCGCGCACGCUCGCCAGCCUGGUGGAAACGAGGCCGCCCGAGGAUCGCUUCGACCACCAGGAUCUCACGCCCGUAGAGUCACUCCUCAACUUCUCCAAGCUCCACAUGCCCGUGCCCCUCACUGCCCCCCACCCGCCGCCCCCCCACCACAUCCCCCUCGCCUUCUCACCCAAGCCGCCCGUGCCCAUGCCCGUCAUGGUGCAGCACCGCCCUCUCACGCCCGUCAUGCCGCCCAUGCCCGCGGAGACUGAGGACGCGCCCCUCGACCUCAGCAUGUCCAAGAGGGACACGGAGAGGGAGAUGGCUGAAGAAAACGAGGAGGAAGAAGAGGAGGAGGAAGAGGAGGAGGAGGAGGACGUGGACGUGGAGGUGACGGAGGUGAAGGUGGAGCAGGAGCAGCCCGAGGACUUGUCCAAGCCGCGGCGUGAGCAGGUGGCGGAGGAGGACGCCCCGGACCGCAGCCCCAAGUCCUCUCCCGAGUGCUCCCCUGCCGACGUGCUCAAAAUCCCCCGGCCACCCUUCCCCCUGAGCGUGUACUCCCAGCCACUAUGCAGCGCCUUCCCGCCCGCGCAGUUCCCGGUCUUCAUGAGCCAGUAUCGCAUGGGCCACCAAUUCGACGCGGCGCUGCUGGAGGAGUACCAGAAGGAACUCAAGCGAGGCCUUCACCUCACCUCUGGCGGCGGCCUGCUGGGGGGCGGCUCCCCCAUGUUGCCCCACAACGCCCCCUUCCAGCUGUCCCUCCUAGCCGCCGCCAAGAACCCCUUGCUGCGCAUCCCGCGGCCUGAGCUGCGCGGCGCUGAAGAGCGAACCGAGGAGCCCCCAGCGGCCCCCGAGGGCCCUGUGCCCGCCCCGCCGCCGCCGCCACCGCCUCCGCCCAAGCCCAGCGAGGAGGACGUGAUGCAUUUCACGAUGCGCAACUCUGUGCUCAUGAAGAAGCCCAAGCAGCGGCGCUACCGCACGGAGCGGCCGUGGCGCUGCAGCCUAUGCGACAAGGGCUUCACGCUGCGCUCCAACAUGGAGCGCCACAUCAAGCAGCAGCACCCAGACGUGUGGCAGCAGCGGCCCCGCGGCGGGGGCGGCGCGCCGCGGCCUGAGAGCGAGGCACUGGUGGCCACGCAGCGCGAGGCGCCGCACACCAUUUCCAGCGCCGUGCGGGAGCAGCUUAUCAUCAAGAUCGAGAAAGAGGCGGGGGAGGAGAAGGAAGAGGUGCGCCUCAAGGAGGAGGGGGAGAAGGACCUCAUCAUUGACGACUGUCCAGAGGAGGAAGGAGAAGAAGAGGAAGAGGAAGAGGAGGAGGAAGAAGAAGAAGAAGAAGAAGAGGAGGAGGACAUUCAGGAAGGAGAUGAGUCAGGAGAGUGCAGAGACAAAGAGGCAGAGGACUGCGAGAAGUACGACGAGCAGAGCUGCGAGGAGCGGGGCCGCGAAGAGGACCUGGCCAGUGUGCACAAGUUGCUCAUCACCGCCUCCAGCCAGAGCUUCCCCUUCGUGGGCAGCGAGGGGGAGGAGGACGGCCCCAACGAGAGCGACUCCACCUCCACCUCGCUCUCCGAGGAGGGCAAGCGCAGCGCGUACUCCUCGGCGCCCCAGAAACAGAAGUGCCCCUUCUGCCAGCGAAAGUUCCCCUGGUCCAGCUCGCUGGUGCGCCACAUCCGCACCCACACGGGCCAGAAGCCCUACCUGUGUCCUGUCUGCCACUUUCCCUUCACCACAAAGUCCAAUUGCGACCGACACUUGCUGCGAAAACACCCGGACUCGCCGCACACCACGGGGGGCGACAGGCCGUACCGCUGCGCCAAGUGUCCCGGCGCCGCCUUCACCAACAUCGAAAGUCUGCGCAAGCACGAGAUGUUCAAGCACGAGAAGGCGAGCGACACGGCCAUCCCCCGAGACGACUCCAGGCCCUUCCGUUGCCACAUCUGCGAGGCGCCUCUGGCCACCCGGGACGCGGCGAUGCUGCACCUCAGCAAGUCCCACCCCGAGCACGCCCAGAACGUGAUCAACACAGACCCCGUCACGCCGGAGAACAACAACGAGCCGCUGUCCCCCGCCGCUGACACCACGGCCACCACCACAGAGAAGGUGAGCUGUAUGUUCUGUCUUCAGCGGUACUGGAGCCUUGCGGAGCUGAAGCAACAUGUUUCUGAGCACCACACCAGGCCUGUCUUCCCCGUCCCCAUCCCCAAGCAGGAUUCCACGCCCUACCUCCCCGACGCCGAGCCCCACGAUGCCCUCCCCGUCAAGUCAGAGGUGAAGGAGGAGCGCAAAGAGGAGGCGGAAGGGAGUGACUUUAUCUCCAAUCUCCUGGGGACGAAAAGAGCGGUAGUCGAUCACCUCCUUACCUCGAAGUCUGCAGACGAUGCGGCGAAACUCCUCGGCGUCCGGUAAUGAUGCGGGGCAGCGGCGUGCACGUGCGUCUGUCUGUCUGUCUGUCUGUCUGUGCAGCAGCCGUGGAGACCUGAAGGGCAGCAGGUGUGAGGUGAAGCUGUCAUGCGCACACCACUCACGCACACCUACCUACACACACAUGUACCUACAUACCUACACACACACACGCGGUUCGCCGGUGUGGAAGGAAGAGAACACGCGGUGGCUUUUCCUCCGCUAGCUGAGUGCAAUGUUAGUGUCAUAGCUUGUAGAUGUCCUGAACGAAACCUCUCCUCUUCUUUUAUAUUCAUUGUUACCUUAAUUUCCGACAUUAAUGCAUUCACAGUUUGCCUUGAAAUUCAAUAAUUCGUGCCUUGACAACGUGGCCUAGACACUUCUAUGAUAACUCGUAAGUUGAAUGUUUUUUGUAUAUAGACUGUAUAUAACAACUCGGUGGUUAAAAUGAUGUUUCGUUCAUUAUUUUUCAUUCUUUUUCGUCUGUGAUGCUUUAACUCCCAAGUUGAUUUUGUUGUUAUUGUUAUUAUUUUUUUUUUCCGUGUCGCUUGUACAGUACCUGCCAAAUGUUAUUAUUAUCUCGUAGUGUUUCCUUUAGUUGCCAAUAUUUCCAACGUUUUGUUCAAAUACAAGGGGCCAAAAUCAUUUGUCUUGUGCCUAAGCUUUUCAUUUAGCAGCGAGUGGGCGUGAGGCGGGGCGGGGGGAGGGCGGGGCGGGCGGGCGUGGGUGGGGAGUGGGCGGCGCCAAGAAUGAGAGCAUAUCUUAACCUAGAUCGAUGACAAUCUUCGUGGAUCAGGGAUUGAGUAGUUUACUUCUCCUUAUUUAUACUUAAGUAGGUCUCUUCUCUCCAAAGUAUUAAGGCUAGCGGCCAAAGUUACAGUUAGUGUCUGUACAUAAAUAUUAGACUUAAUAAUUUAUCUCAAUAUUUUUAAGGUUACACUGUCCAUUCCAAAGUUUGUAUAUUUAUACAUUCCAAGAUUUCUUUAAGAAUGUUGUGUUCCUAUUAGUUUAUAUUACUCUUGGUAGCGUGUCAUCUGUACCUCAGGCCGCGCCGCACCCAGUGGGGCCGGCCGCCUGUCUCCUGCAUUCCGGUACUCUCGUCCUUACUACUGUUACCUAAUUGAUUUAUUAAUAUAUUCCAUGCAGUCCCAUGCAUGUCCCAAAGAUGUCUGUUGUGUGUCGGUUCCUGUCUGAAUGAGUUACUCUUUACUUUUCCUCAAUUUACAAAGACUGUCUGGGAGUCCUGACAAGCAGUGUACGGAAUCAUCCAUUCUCCUAACAUACUUUAAUAUAAAUCACCAAUUGAUCUCUCAACUUAUUAAACAUUGUGACAGCUAUAACUCUUAUUAUUAUUAUCAUUAUUAAUACCAUUAUCUCGUAUGGCAUUACUUGAAGUCGCCUCUCUUUUUUCUGUAUUUAAUAUUUCGCUGUGUGACUGACUGACUGACUGCCUGCCGCUUGGUCACUCUUUGUCCAGUGUUGUUCAUCUCACCUCGUUCCAAUGUGUGUUUUUGUUUGUGUUUAAAGCACCACAAAAAUUAUAAAAAAAAAGCUUUGGAAUAAAUAGUUGUGAUUCA